CUGCCAACCUAUCAAAGUCACCAUGCCAAGUCCUUUCAUUUGUUCUUUAUAAAGAAUCAAAAGAAUCCGAUGGGUCCAAACAAUUUUCUCUCUGAGAGAAAAAAGAAGAAAGGAUCGGAUUCAAGGAUGGCUGCUGGAAUAAUGGAAGUGUUAUUGGUUAGCGCUAAAGGCCUCGAGGAUUCGGAUUUUCUGGGUGAUAUGGAUCCCUAUGUCAUAAUUCAAUACAAAGGUCAAGAGCGCAAGAGCAGCGUGGCCAGAGGUGAUGGGUCUAGUCCAUCAUGGAAUGAAAAAUUUACAUUCAGAGUAGAGUAUCCAGGAUCAGGCGGUGACUACAAGCUCAUUCUUAAAAUCAUGGAUAAGGACACCUUCUCUUCCGACUUCGUUGGGCAGGCCACAAUAUAUGUGAAGGAUUUGUUGGCAAUUGGGGCAGAGAAAGGAAAUGCUGAAAUUCAUCCUACUAAACAUAGUGUGGUUAACGCUGAAAAUAGUUAUCGUGGAGAUAUUACUGUUGGUGUUACUUUCACCACAAAGGUUAAGGAAAAUGAAGAAGAAGAAGAAGAAGAGUAUGGAGGUUGGAGGCAAAGCAAUUUUUAAGUUGUCUCAAUUGUUUGUAAUAUUUUAAACGUAGUGUGUGAUUUCGUCACUUUUAUUUUAAGCUUCUGUAGCACUUUUUUGUGUUGGUGUAAGUAAUUAAUUGUAGUAUUGUAGUGGUGGAUGUUACACACUUCAUGAUAGGACUUGUUAUUUUAUUUUAUUUUUA